AUGUCUUCCUUGUUGUACAAGUACUUCUUGAAGAAAACCAAUUUGGAUUCGGUCUUCACUGUGGGAGGUGACCCCAAUAAUAGUGACCCAUAUUUUGAAGAAAUCCCCCCAAACGAAUUGCAUUUCUACCAGAAAAAAGGGGCUCGGAGAAAGAGAAAGUUACCAGAUUUCAUCCCCAAACAUGACCUAAAUGUAUUGGAUUCCGUCAAAAGAAAGGCUUAUAGACUCGAUUUACAGUUGAGUAUGUGUGGAUUGCGUCUUGGAUGGGCAGGAGUCAUUGGAUUGAUUCCAUGGAUCGGUGACUGUAUCUCCUUGUUCUUUGCUUUGCAAUUGAUCAAAAAGGCCGAUGAAAUAGAAGGUGGUGUCCCCAUAGCAGUCAAACUGAAAAUGAUGUCGAACUUGAUAUUUGACUUUAUAAUGGGACUCAUUCCGUUAUUGGGCGACUUUAUGAACAUCUUGUACAAGUGCAACUCACGUAACUUCAUUCUCUUGGAGAAGUAUCUCGUGGAGAAGCAUUCCCCGAAUCACCACGGGUCUAAAAUGGAAAACAUGAACAAAAAGCAGCUCCAGGCCUUGGAGGACUCGGGUAUGGAGCACGGUGAGGGUCCUGAGAAAACCCGAGCUGAUGACCUAGUUUAG